AAAUUCCGCCUGAUAAACUCAAAUACUCCACUCAAUCGCCGCUUACACUCCGGCGACGCUCGUUCGAUCUCCGUCGUUCUCUGAUCGGACAAGAGGAAGAAGCGGCCUACUCUUAACUCGUUCCGCAUCCAUCACCGCCUAAACUCCGGCGAAUCUCGGAAAACAAUGGAACAAGAGACCGUUAUAGUCGCCCCUACGCGAUACCAAUCACAAUGUCAUAUGUGGGACUGCGGCCGAACCUCAUCAGGCUUAUAUUGCAGUUUUGGACAUGGAUUCCGUUCCCACACUGAAGAAGCGAAACCCCGAGCAGCUGUCUAUGUUGAUUUUCUAAGCGUGGAAAAAGAAGCAUCACUGAGCUUGAAGAUUCUGAAUACCAAGUCCCAGAGUCUAGGCUGCGGUGUCCCUAAGUUGGCUUCAGUGGUUUUACAAGGAAACCCGUCUGCAUCUCCCCAUAUCUUUAAUUUCCAACGCAUGGGGGAUGAGGCACUGCGAAACUGGGCCUUCAUCUCAGAUACAGUCCCCCCACCAGGCAUUUGGGCAAGAUACAACACUACGACUGUCUUGGGUAUGGAAAGGGUUUCUUGGCAAUUGAAGCCCCCACCAACAGUUGGUUGGUACAGGCUUCGCCGUUACACGCUUCCAAGUGAUGCUUAUUCAUUGUAUUGGCUGUACUAUGAAUGGACCAAAGGAAAAAAGACAACUGGAAACACUGCCUCUGUCUCUAUACCACAGACUCAAAACAAAGGUCCCCCGAAUCCUGGUGGUGGUGGUCCAUUUGGCGCAAGUACAUCUGCGUAUAUGAGUCUCAAAGCAAGUUACGGUGCAAGUACAUCUGGCUCUUGUAACAAGACCGUCAUGAGUGACAAAGGAACUGAGGCACAGCUUCGUGGUUUUAUGCCCUUGUCACUUAAUCACUCUGUCCCCUCGUCCCUUUUAAUCCUUUCUAGGGCACUAAUAGCUUCUGGAAGAAUCAACGCAGUGGAUGCUGUCCGAGCUACUCUUUCUUCUAUUGCUUGGGAUACUGUUGGCAUUACUUCUCUGCCAUCUGAAGACUCUGUUUCUGAGCUUAGAAGGAAGUUAUGGUACCUUGGGACACAAGACGAGUCGAUAAUGGGAGAUGAAGAAGACCUGGCAAGGAUUAAUAAGAGCGUUAUAAGUGGUGAAGAGGAUAAGCUGCUGCAAGAGAUGACCACAUUAACGGCCAGCAAAGCACAAGAACAUGCUAGAACUAGAAUUCUUGACCAGCAAGAUGAUCUUUGCAAGCUUAGCUGUGCAUUGGCCCUUUUAGCUUCCACUUCUUCGGAGCGUAGAGAGCAAGGAGAACUAUUGAGGCUGCUCAGGAAAGAGGUGGAGUUCUAUUACACAAUGGUCGAAAAAGCUGCGGAAGCAGACGAGGUUUCCUAUGCGCUAAUGGAGAAGGUUGAUGGUUUGCUGCAAAACUUCGAGAAGGAAUUAUUUGGGGUGGAUGUCAAUAUUGGCAAGGGCUGUCAGCAUCUUGACAGGGAUGGUUGCGACAAUGCAUUUGAAGGACACAGUCGCUCAUGAAACAGACCAACAGCAAAACUAAUGAAAAAGGACACACUCGCUAAAGAAAAAACUAAUCAGUAGUCUCUUACCUUACUUUGAGUCGUACUAUCGUUAGCUUAGCUUUUAAAGACAUUUUUGAGAUAAAACUAACAUUACGCCAAGAAAUAUUUGGCUAUAUUGAUUGUAUUGUAUCGUCUAUAUCGUCAAUUUGUUAACAGUGUUGCCUUUUUUUUAUCAAAAGGGCAAUAUGUUAAUAGUGUUGCCUCUUUAUCAAAA